AUGGAUCCGCUCUCAAUCACCGCAAGCAUCGCGGGCGUCACCACUCUCGCCUUUCAAAUCUGCUCAUCACUCGCUGAGCUGCGGUCCCUAUGUAAGAGCUUACCAGGGCGACUUCACGCAAUCAACAACGAAGUGUCAGAUCUUGAGGUCGUCCUUCACCAGGUGGCAAUACUGGUUAAAAACCGAGCAAAUAUCCUGCCGGAGACUCAAAUUGCUGCGAUCCCGUACCUUUUGAAACAGGCAGCUCUCAAAUUGAGCGAGCUUAAAAGCGUCGUUGACAAGCUCCUCGACGCCGUCGGCAAAGCUAAAUUUGGUCUCUCUGGCGCCUAUGCUUGGCGGAAAGAGCAAGAUACUUUGAAAGCUCUCCAAGACGAUAUCCGCUCCAUCAAGUGCAAUUUGAACAUCCUACUUGGAGCUUCGAACUCCCAUGAUAUGGUUCAGAUCUAUCUCAGCAUUCAAGCCAUAUCUGCAUUCACCCUACAGUCCUCACAGGAACAAGUUGCCAUGAAAGAUAAAUUCAUAGAUACCCUUACGACCGUGGAUGAGCGAAUAACUCGAGUGGAGCAAAUGCUCCAAACACAAACUCAUCAGCUUCAGGCGACCCAAUUCCAACAAGUUGGUGCGUUGUACAAUGUCCGUCGGACCAACCGGCGCCAAAGUCGAUCACGGCCAAAUAAUCCUACGGUAACCACUCCAAACUCGGAGGGUUUGGCGGUGCGCGUCAGUCCUUAUGUUGUGUCCUGCCGGAGCGACUGCCGGUGUUCAUGUCAUAAGCAACAAAAGUCAUCAACCCCGGCGCUUUUGAACCGUGUAUUUGGGCAACUAUUCAUCGGGUAUGCAGGGUUACCUUUCGUCAGCCCGAAGUGCGACAUCGAAAGCUGCAGAAAAUCUCAAGCAAGUCAAGUUAGCCUAGAAUACUGGUUUCCCCUUGGGUUUUUCUCCUCCACUAUCGUACGAAUGCAACUUGGUCAUCAUCACAACAUGGGAUCACUCUUUCAUCUCGAUACGUUGACAAGAGUGCCUGACUCGGCCCAGUGCGUGAAUCUUGCCGUAAAAGGCGAUAUCGACGGUUUAAAACACUUGUUUACCCAUGGUCUGGCUUCUCCUCGUGAUGUCAGCACUAGUAGAGGAUACUCCCUGCUUCGAUGGGCACUUUACGCGAAACAGUACGACACCUGCGAGUUCUUGAUAUAUGCAGGAGCAGACCCCGAUUACAGGCCUUUGGCAGGCUCUGACAACAGUCCACGAAUUAAGGCAUGCCAUUUCUUACUUGAGGGUGGCCUCCCUGACCAGGGCGUAGUCGCCCUUAAGACCAUCACUAAAGGGAGCUAUUUUGAAGAUUUUAUCGAGGACUCAAACUUUACACAGAUCCACAGGGUUGUACUGGGUCUAUCCCUUCUUGACCUGGAGGAUGAGAUUGUAUUGCAUCCUGAAGAUCUUAAUGCAACUGAUUCCAUGGGCAGAACCCCCCUUGCUUGGGCUGCUGCGCGUGGAGAUAGCCGGAGUGUUGUCACUCUCCUUAGCCAUGGCGCUGAUCCAAAUAUUACAGACAUUCAGCUAUCUGGACCUGUGUCUAAUGCUGCAGCCCGGGGUCAUACAGUUUGCGUUCGCCUCUUACUGGAGGCUGGUGCCGACCCCGAUCCACCCUUGCCAAGCGGAGUACGGAAAGGCAGCCCUCUCACCGUCGCAACGCGCAACGCCGUAGACCCAAUGUUGUUAAAGAGCUUGCUCGACUUUGGCGCAGUCGUCGAUUCACGCGGUACUGAUGGUCAGACACCACUCAUCCACGCUUCUCAAAUGGAUAACUCGAGUUUUGCCAUGCUUCUACUUGAGUAUGGCGCGGAUAUAAAUGCAUUCACGGACACCGGGUCGACACCCUUGACCACGGCAAUUACGUACAACAGCCACAAUGUCCUUCGAUUAAUCCUUGACAGAUGGCACGAGUACUCUUCAUGUCCACGCCUGAAGGGGCCCAAUCUCUUGGAGCUGGUUGCGUUAUAUGCAGAUAUUGAAACCAUCAAUAUUUUAGCGGGCACGGAGCAUUUCAGACUGAGAAGUGAUAGGCAGUACACACUCGGAGACUUCAAGAGCCGCUUGCUCAAACGUCCAGACGUGACAGAAAACCUAGCCUUUGCAUUUGAUGAAUUGCUGGAUAUUAUAAACCACAUGCCUGACACCAGGGAGGGCACAGAAAGCAUUUUGGAGGCUGGCUUUUACUCCUGCACUUCUUCACCUAUCGUUCUCGAGGAUGGGCAAGGCUUCGAAAGGCUUGCCAGGCGUUUCUUUCCUUGUCUGUCCUCCUCGGACUCUGAUAGUGACCAAAAUAUCAAGUGGCAGUCUUGGAGCGACGAAAGUUCGAAUGACAAUUUUCAGGACGCCCUUGAGGAUAUUCAUUCAGAAUCCAAGCGCUAG